AUGACUCAUAAAAAACAAGUGAUCAAGUUGCAGUGUGAUGAGAAGAAGAUUGAUUUGCGUGAUGGACAUAACUUGGAAGCAAUCGCUCUCUUGAAUAUUGGAUCUAUAUAUGGAGGAAGUAAUUUAUGGGGAACAUCCCGCAAACCGUCCUCUUCAUCGUCGAGCUCAUCGUCGUCUUCGUGGCAUUUACCACCUCUUUUCGCGCACAUGUCCAGAAAUACCACUGAACUCCAAUCUCAUGUUCAGGUAGCGCUGCAUAAUGUGCCACACAUUUCACUAAGUACCCCUUAA